AUGUCGACAGGCCAAACAUCAGUCCUGGAAACGGAAAAUGGUAUUAAUAAAUUUGUCAUGAAGAAAGAAAUGGAACGUCAAGAGAAAUUACUUGACGAACAGAGAAAAGCCCUUUCUGAAGUUGAAUGGCCAUUUUUACCGCGUGUGGGUAAAGUAGACAUGUCCAUAGUCGAAAAACUCCGCGAUGAAGCUGACAAGCAUCUCGCUAGAAGAAACCUGAGUUAUCAAAAAGCCCAGGAAUAUAUUCAUCGCGGGAUGACUGAGGCAGCAGCCUACUAUUCGGAGUUCGCUGCUUUACACAAGCAGAAAUAUGAACAGGCCAAUAGCUUAGCUGCCGCUUCUCUUAUACAGGUAAGUUGA